GUAACAUCGUCAGUGGGAGGGAGAGUGGGGUUUGCAUCAGGAUACCGUAAUCAAGUACCAAGGGGAAAAGCACAGCCCCGCCAACCCUGGCAGGGGAAGCUACAGUAUAUAAACAGGCAGCAAACUCCGCACUGUUGAUGUUACCUAGUCGGGAAAUGAAACGUCUGCAAGCAAACCACCAACCUCGGGGAGCACCAAGGGCUCCACAGUUCAACCCUGAACGACAAAGAUUCUCUCCUGUUGGGUGGGGGGGGGUUGCAGAAAACACAACCUCAGUCCCAGUGCAGCUGGCUUAAUGUGGGGACAGGAGGGCAACAGGUUGGGGUCCAUGUCUUAAAUAUCCUUCAGCACUUUCUGCAGAGGAAGCAGCCCUCUGGGUGGUGUCCGAGAGCCCCAGUGGGAAGAAAUGGGCUUAAUAUUUUUAUCAGUAUAAAGUGUGCAUCAGUAACUUGGACCUCCUCUUGUUUUUACAGGUGGUGGAAUGAUGUUGGAAAGGAGGCCUCGGCCACCGGUGCUUCAUGGAUGGGAAACAGCUGAUGCACAGCUCAUACAAAGUUGUGUAACCUUGGAGGAGGUGGCUGUGCAUUUCUCCGAGGAGGAGUGGGCGCUGCUGGAUCCUGACCAGAAAGCUCUGCACAGAGAGGUCAUGGAGCAGAUUGGCAGGAUUGUGGCCUCUCUUGUGAGAGGAGACUCAUUUACAGACUUAAGCUGCAACCAAUUUCUAGCCUUUAUUUCAGAAGAUGAUGAAAGGAAGGCCAAAAAUGAUGAUCUGUCAAUGCAAGAAAGAACUAUUAUAAGAAGGAAACAUUGGAUUUCUGGAAAGCGCUCCAAUCAGAGGGCAAAGUCGAAUGGAGAUCAGGUGUCACACCCAGGAGACAGACCCCAUAAAUGUUUGGAGUGCGGGAAGUGCUUCCACAGGAAGAAGAACCUAGCGAUUCAUGAAAAAAUUCACAUAAGGGAGAAACUAUAUAAAUGCUCAGAUUGUGGAAAAUCUUUCAGCUCGAGCUCAGACAUCACUAGGCACCAAAGGACACACACGGGGGAGAGACCAUAUACCUGCCUGGAGUGUGGGAAAUGCUUCCUUUACAGUUCGGACCUGAUUCGACAUGGAAGGAAACACACAGGAGAGAAACCCUACAAGUGUUCAGAGUGUGGAAAAUGCUUCCUUCGUAACACAAAGCUGAGUAUCCACCAAAGGACUCACACAGGGGAGAGGCCUUAUAAAUGCCUGGAGUGUGGCAAGUGUUUUACUGAGAGUGCUCAGUUAAGCAGGCAUCAGAUCACUCACACUGGGGAGAGACCCUACAAAUGCCUGGAGUGUGAAAAGUGCUUCAACCGGAAGGAAAACUUGGCUCUACAUCAACGCACUCACACUGGGGAGAAACCCUACAAAUGCUCAGAAUGUGGGAAAAGCUUCAGUUGGAAUUCACAGCUAAGUAGACAUCAAAUCUCUCACACGGGAGAGAGGCCAUAUAUGUGCCUGGAAUGCGGGAAAUCCUUUAUCUGCAGCUCUGAGCUCCUGAUCCAUGAAAGAAACCACACGGGAGAGAAGCCCUAUAAAUGUUUGGAGUGUGGAAAGUGCUUUGUUUGUAAUACACAGCUCAGUAUCCAUCAGAGAACUCACACCGGGGAGAGACCCUAUAAAUGCCUGGAGUGCGAAAAAUGCUUCAAUCGGAAAGAGAAUCUCGCUAUACAUCAACGCACUCACACAGGGGAAAAACCCUAUAGAUGCUCGGAAUGUGGGAAGUGCUUCAGCUGGAAUUCACAACUAUGUAGACAUCAACGAACUCACACUGGUGAAAGGCCAUAUGCGUGUCUGGAGUGUGGGAAACGCUUCCUUUGCAGUUCGGACCUGAUUAGACAUGGAAGGAACCAUACUGGAGAGAAACCUUACAAAUGCUUGGAGUGUGGAAAGUGUUAUAUUUGUAAUACCCAGCUGAGUAUACACCAAAGAACUCACACAGGGGAGAAACCCUAUAAAUGCUUGGAGUGUGGAAAGAGCUUCAGCGAGAACAGCUCCCUCACUUCCCAUUACAGAAUCCAUACGGGGGAGAAACCCUAUAAAUGCUUGGAGUGUGGAAAAUGCUUUGCUCGUGGUUCUGACCUUAUUAAACAUGAAAAAAUUCACGCAGGGAAGAAAUCGUAUAGAUCCAUGGAAUGCGGAAAGAGCUUUAACUAGAAGACAAACGUUUCUUCUCGCGUUAAGAACUCAGGAUGGGAAGAAGCCGGACACAGCGCGGGAUUGUUGAAAAGGUUCUCUUCCCAGCUAGCAGUUUUAAAAUGUAAUGAAAUAUGCAAACAAAUGUUUUUGAGUUGCAAAUCAUUUAAUGAAAGUUUCUGUCACAGCACGAAGAGAGGAGAGAAUGUAUUGGAAUACAGAAAAGGUUUCCCUCUUAGGGGGUUGUUUUAAAGCUUAUUAGAAUUCAUGAAGUAAUUCCCCCCACCCCAAUUGUAGGAGAAAAAAGAAAUUUCCUAUCAGUCUACUCCCCCCCCCGCCCAUUUCUGACUGAUAUACUCAGCUAAAUGUAGAAGUACAUUUGUUGUGUCCCAUUUGAUUCAUGGUUUGUACUAACAAGAAUGAUUAGGUGAAUAUCUCUGAAGCUUGCUUUCCCUUUCCCUGACCAGUAUUUCAAUAAAACACAGAUGAUGUCCAUGUUAAAACCAUGCUUUUUUUAAACCAUUGGAAAGUGUGCAAAAUCACACACAAGCUUCUGGGUCCCUCAGGAGGUGAGAGGAUGGAAAAUCAAGAGGUAUGAAGAAGCCGGGAUUGAGAGCUGUAGCCUAUUUUAACUAGGUUGCCAUCAUAAAUUCAAGCCAGGUUGAUGUGGUGGUUAAAGCACCAGGCUAGAAAUCAGGAGAAUGUGAGUUUUAGUCCUGCUUUAGGCACAAAGCCAGCUGGGUGAU